GACCUUCCGCCCUGCAAGACAACUGUGUCAAAAUGGACGUUCGUGCCGCACUUAUACUUUCUCUUUGCAUUGCUGCCGUCUUCUCCUUGGGAGGAGUACAUAAGGUAGCUUCAGAUGAUAAAGAAAUCAAGGGCGCCAUCAGCUUUGCGAUGAAAAAACUGAAUAUGAUGUCAAACAACUAUUAUCGGUACAUGUCCAUUGAAACGAUCGACGCAACGAAACAGGUUGUAUCAGGGAUGAAAUAUUGUACAGUUGUUGCGGUCGGUUCGUCUAGCAAGUGCCCAAAAAGACCUGAUAAUGUUGAUGCUACUCUGGAAGAAUGCCCAGUGGAAGAGAAAGAGAUGGAGUGUCGCUUUUUUGUCUGGGAGCAAGUGUGGCUUCCAGAACCGAUGAGACUGCUGGAACAUGAAUGUUCACCAGACCAUCAUUUCACAUGUUCUGAUGGUGUUGUGACCACAGAUCCUAAUAGUAUUUUGGACAAUGAAAUUGAUAUCGAGGUAAUCCCCAAAACAGAGGAAGAGAUUCGUUUUGCUUUCAACCAAUUUGUUGAAAAAUAUGGAAAGACGUAUCACAAUGAUGAAGCCGAGUUUGAGCAUCGGUAUGGAGUUUUCAAAGAGAAUCUUGAUUUAGCCCAACUGAUGCAGGAUAAAGAUAGGGGAACAGCUCGUUAUGGCAUCACACAGUUCAGCGAUCUGACAAAGGAAGAAUUCCUGGAAAAGUACACAAUGAAUGGUUGGGAUGAGGAUACCUAUAAUCUAAAGGAAGCUAAAAUUCCUGAAAUCACUGUUCCAGAUUCCUUUGAUUGGAGAGAUCAUGGUGCUGUGACUGAAGUAAAGAAUCAGGGGACCUGUGGUUCUUGCUGGGCUUUCUCGACUACAGGAAACGUUGAAGGACAGUGGGCUAUCAAAAAGAAGAAACUAAUUUCUCUCAGUGAGCAAGAACUUGUUGAUUGUGAUACAGUGGAUCAAGGUUGCAAUGGAGGCCUUCCUUCAAAUGCUUAUAAACAAAUUAUGAAACUUGGUGGACUGGUUUCAGAAUCUAACUACCCAUACAAGGGUGUUGAUCAGAAAUGUAGCAUGGAUAAAUCUGAAAUUGAAGUUUACAUUAAUGGUUCAGUGAAGAUCUCCAGCAAUGAGGAUGACAUGGCCGCUUGGCUUGUUCAGAAUGGCCCAAUCUCCAUUGGUAUUGAUGCUUUGGCGAUGCAGUUCUAUCUUGGUGGAGUGGCUCAUCCCUGGGAAAUUUUCUGCAAUCCUAAAACACUUGAUCAUGGUGUAUUGAUUGUUGGCUUUGGAGUCAAAGAUGGCUUGCUUGGUAAAACACCCUACUGGAUUAUCAAAAACAGUUGGGGUGCAAGCUGGGGUGAAAAGGGUUACUAUCUUAUCUACCGUGGUGCUGGAUGCUGUGGUCUCAACACAAUGUGUACUUCAGCUACAAUUGACUAGGAUUUUACUUCCAUCACUGACAAAGAUAAUUUUAUACCAAUGGCAAUUUUUAAUGAAACAUAAAGCCUAUAUUCUAUCAUUUUUAAUCAUAGGAUUUAUAUAAAAGAAAUGGGGACCAAAUAUAAUGUAAUGAUUUUUAUAUGGAUUAAGACAAUGUAAUUAUGUAAUUAUUAACUUUUUUGUGCAA